AUGAAGAUAUGGAAGGGCCUCCGAAGAGGGUGGAAGGGCACAAAAAUAUUGUGGAGACUGGAGAGAUUGGACGGAGGAGGGACCGGGGCCAAGAGCGACGGAGACAUCGCACGGUGCACUCUCAAAAGGCCCGAUUUCUCAACGAAAUUCAUGCCCAAACCGGGGACCCAGGCAGUCUUUGUCUCUGGAUUCCAACGCCUCUGGCCUUUCUCUGCUUCUCUGUCGUCUCUCCUUUUCCUAAAGGCUCUCUAA